AUGACAGAAAAAUAUACUUUGCAACCGAAAAUAUUCGAUAUUAUAGGAAACGCUGUUGAUGAACCUAAAAGUAUUCCGGUGGCUGAUGAGAGUAACCAAAGUCGUGCUCCGCAUGAUAAUGAAAAGCAAAGAAUGCCUCUGCCUGCUGUUUCAAGUACAAGUAGUUACAAUGUUAUUCGUUAUUAUCCUGAACCUGAUGACAAAUUCAGAAGAACUUACAUAGCUUACGCAGCUACUCGUUCUCAAACUUCACGAUUGAAAGAACUUGGAAAGGCGAGAAGAGAUAUUACUGGAAACGCUAUAAUAAAUGUACUUACCCAAAAACUAGAUGAGUUUAUUUCGGGUGGCCAGAAAUAUCCUGUUAAAAAGAUAUGUGUUUUGAUUGGAAUAUGGGUUAGUCUAAAAAUGAUUUCAAACACGUCCCCUACAAACAACGGUGAUGUAUGUGAAAUAGAACUAUUAGGGAAUAAAAGCAAAAAAAUUGUUAUGUACAGACCAUUGGACGGUAUAUAUUGUCAAAUAAAAGCAAACGACAUUAAUAGUGGAACGAAAAAACUAACUGCACAACUACGAGAGAAUUUAAGUAUUCCUCUUGAGUUUAUAUAAUAAAUAAAUAAAUUUUUCACA